CGAAUCGAUAGCCGGACUUAUAUCGAAUAAAUUGUUAUCAUGUCCUUGAUAACUCGAUGAUCCGCGUACCCACCGUGACAUUGAGCUUUCAGACCGACUAAACACUACAUUGAUUUAUAUAUUUAUUACCGAUGAAUUAAAUUGAGGUCGAACCAUGGCUCUGGAGUAACUUGUUGGAGCAACAAUGAGGUUAGCCCUGUGAAGUGUGAAAAAAUCAUAAAUAAUGGAUAAUUUGCUGGAUAACACGGAUCUGAGGCAGAAUAAUCACUUUCUGAUUAAGUAUCACAGCAUCAACAACAAGUUAAAAAAGAGAUUUCUGAGGAAUCCAAACAUAACAGAAGCCAGUGAGCAAUUCAACUCAUUAGCACUUCAUUGUGAGCAGGAAGAGGCUUGGCAGUACGCAGGCCUCUGCUUGACAUCAGUGGGACGUUGCUACCACACCCUUGGAGACACAGAAUCAGAGAUAAAUAAUUUAUUGAGAGCAGGAAGGCAUUUUCUAGCGGCUGACAAGCAGAACUGGAGCAUUGGAUGUCCCUCGUUGGGUCAGGAGAACUUUCAGGCGGCCACCAGUUGCUUCAGUGAGGCACUUCAAGCGUGUCAGAAUGCUCCUGAGUUCAAUUCCACUGCUGCUGGCUCGAUGCUGGAGCUGGCAAUGGCCCUCGGGCCAACUCCAGCGGCUGGACAACUCGUGAAGAAAUCCAUUGGGAUAUUUCCAACUGCUCAAGCAUUUGAUUUGCUGAUGUCUUAUUACAUUAAACAAGGGGAUUAUUCUUCGGCGUUGAAUCUGAGCAGCGAAUUCAUGGACCUCCUGGAGUCCUCAGUGGCCUCGAAUCACUCCGCUCAUUACAGAAUUUUCAUACGUAAAAUUGAGAUCAAUCGACUGCUGUUAAUUUUGAUCCAACAGUUGACUGUUCAGAGAUUAUCUCCGGGGCUCUCUGAGGUGUUGGAGAGAUUCACGUCGAUUGAGGAUAAUUGGAGUGCAAAUACACACAUGAGUGAAGAUGAAUUCAUCCUACUCCAGUCCCUAGUUCUCGCCUGCCAAUCUAAGGACAACUACUCUCUCCUCGCCCUCGAGAAUGAUUUAUGGAAGUUCUUGGAUACAGAACAGAAAGAUUUAUUACGAAUUCUAGUCAAGAUCGUAACAAUCGAAUAAUCUCACAUUACUGGCCCAUUUUUAUAAUUUAUUCUAAGGUAAUAAACUUAAUUUUCAUAAACAGAA